AUGGCCCCUCCUUCCGUCCCUCCAAAAGAGCCCAUUGAAGAGGUCAAGCCAGUCUCUGGUACCCCAAACAGGACAAAAGAAGAGCCGCGCACCAAGAGCCACUCUGGUUCUACGCCGGGUCAGAAAGAAAGCAAGCGAGAAGGUCAGGAAAUUUCACGUUCCCCUGAGAAGCGGCUCCAUAAGACAUCGUCCGCAAACCCAAAAAUGCUUGACAGUUUAGAAAACGGUGACUGGGUUGAGAUACCAUCCGGAGAACGGGUUCAAGAGUCAAAUGUGCAAACCCAGUCAGCCUUGCACGAUCUGAUGGAGCUGGACAGCUCUCCCGCUGCUGAACAAGCUUUCAGCCAUGACAGUGUCUCGCAGCCGUCAACAAUGCUAAAGGCUGAUUUAGCACACUCCACUGAAUUUCAGUCGCUCGAGGAGCUUGCCGGUUUCGAAAACAACAACACAGCCGACUGCAACAAGAAGCUGCGUGAACAAAACUGCCAACUUGACUGCCGCAUCAAGGACCUUCAGAGACAACUAUCUGCGCUCACCACGGACAAACAAAUCGCAGAAGAAAAGUCAGACAUGCUAUCAGAGAAAUUAAACAGCUUGAAGCAAAGAAUGAGUUCCAACAUGACAGAGGUGGAGAUCAGCAGUGAGGCGUUGGCAGACAAGGUAGAAGAGCUAGGGAAAGAGAAUCGUGCGCUCAGGGAACAACUCAACGACGCACAGUCUCACAUUUUUAGCCUUCAGCCCUACCGUAAGGAACUGACCUCGGAAGAGGUUGGACAGGAGUACGAUGCUCUCGUCGAACAAGUUCAGGACUGGGUUCAAAAGUUCAUGGAUCCGUGGUUGGACGAUCAUCAAGAAGGAGUUGAUGCCCUCCUCAGUAAUGCCAAGAGGCGAGCAGUAGAUGCUACCAGAUUUAAACACCUCUUGUACCAGUACCCCGAUCUGAUCCAUGGCUCAAGCUUCCCAGAAACCGACGAGGAUAUCAUCACAUCUGUGAUCAUGAGAUAUCUGCACGACCACAUCUUUCAGACUGUUCUGUAUGGCAUGAUUGCCCGUUACGUCGAAGUCAUAAGCUUCAUCGAGAAGGAAAUGCAAAUGUCGGUCGAGCCCAAGAGAGAUCUUUUCUCUGUGAGAACAUGGACUGCUGAAGCGUAUAACGCCCUUCUCAGUUCUCCCCAAUUCAAGGCGGUUCGUAACGAACGACGCGAGGCCAUGACACGCGAACUCGCAAACAUACUCAAAAUAUUCUUUAAGAAGGAUCAGUUCAACUGGUUCUGCCAGAAUACGUGUCAACGAGUCGUCGCGCCCGCAAUGAAACUCUACGAGAAGCUACAAAUUUCAACCAACCACUUUUACCUUGACAUCAAUUCCUUUAUCGUCAGAGCUGGAGGUCAGCUUACCACAUCUACUGAUUUUAUCGACACACUCGAGAAUCUCGACUGCAAGAACGUGCUGCAGAACCGAAAGACAUUCAACUUGGGAAAACUUGACCCGCCACCAUCCAAGAAGGAGCUUUACCACCAUUUGCACAACGUCUGCACUGUGGUACCGGCCUUGUACAUGAGACAGAUUGGACAGCGAGAUGCUAUCAAGGAUCCCAUCGUGGUUCGGAAGCAGCAGAUGCUGGUUGCAUGGGGACCAGAGGAGAAACGCAAUGCGUACCAAGAGAACGGCGAUCGAACGCUCGUGUCGCAUUUGUACGGCUUCAAGGGCACUGGAGAAGGGUGGACAUCCUUCCUGAGGUGA